AUGCCUUCUUCUUCUCCAACGAUUCACUCCUCCUUCUCCAUUAUCUCACUCCGAUCACUGCUCCUAGUAUUCUCCUUUUCUCUCUCUCUAUCGAUCACCGUAAAUGGAAACCAGUUCAAAUUGGAUGGCAGUGUGUUGGAGCUCGACGAUUCCAAUUUCGACGCCGCAAUUUCCAAAUUCGAUUAUAUUUUCGUCGAUUUCUACGCUCCAUGGUGUGGCCACUGCAAUCGCCUCAUGCCGGAGUUAGAGAGAGCAGCUCCUGUUCUAGCUGGGUUGAGGCAGCCUAUUGUUGUGGCAAAAUUAGAUGCAGACAAACACAAAAAACUUGCCUCUAAGCAUAAUGUCGAUGGAUUUCCGACUCUAAAGAUGUUUAUGCAUGGAGUUCCCACAGAAUACUAUGGACCUAGGAAAGCUGAUUUACUUGUUCAAUCACUGGCAAAGUUCGUUGCUCCUGAUGUUUCUGUACUGAGUUCGGACUCUGAUGUCAGAGACUUUGUUAAAGCAGCGGGUUCUGAUUUUCCGAUAUUCAUAGGCUUUGGCUUGAACGAGUCGGUGAUAUUGGAUUCAGCCGUCAAGCAUAAAAAGAAAGCAUGGUUUUCUGUUGCUAAUGUUUUCUCUGAUGAAAUUGUGACACCGUAUGGUUUAAAUAAGGUCCCUGCUUUGCUAGCAAUUUAUCCGGCCUAUGAUGAAAAGAGCGUCUUUUAUGGGCCAUUUGAAGAAAAUGCCCUUGAAGAUUACAUAAGCAAGAGUUUGCUCCCACUGAUUUUUCCUAUAAGUCAAGGUUCAUUGAAGUUGCUGCAAGAUGAUGAAAGGAAAGUUCUACUAACUAUUAUCAAGGAUGAGAAGGAGGAGAAAUCUAGGGAACUGUUCCAAGUUCUUAAGGCUGCUGCAUCUGCAAAUCGUGAUUUGUUGUUUGGUUAUGUUGGCUUACAACAGUGGGAGGAUUUUGCUCAAUCAUUUGAAGUGGACAUGAAAACUGAGUUUCCGAGGAUGGUUGUAUGGGAUGGCAACGAGAAUUAUUAUCUGGUUACUGGUUCAGAAAAUGGAGACAAAACAGACAUGGCCGCCCAAGUCUCAAGAUUCCUCGAGGGUUACAGAGAAGGAAGAGUGAUACACAAAAGAAUCAUCGGUCCAUCACUAAUGAGUCUCAUGAAUUCUAAAGUGGCAAUCAUAGUUGCUCUCCUUCUUAUCUGUGUUGUGCUGGCUGUGGUGCUGAUCGUUGCAAUGGUGCAAGACGAACCUCUAACUGUUGGCACUCGGGAGAAGGUUGUCGAGCAAAGGAGCUCCUCCCUUCACCAAGAAUCCGAAGAACUGCUUGGCCCUUUCAAGGAGGAUUGAUGUUUUCCUCUGUCCACAACUUGAAAUGGCUAUGACAAAUAGUUUUUGUUUAUUUAUUAGUAUUUGUUUUUCUAAUGUUCAUUUCUGAAGAACAGUGGUUAUUGAUAUUCAAACUCGGUAGGAUACGUGAAAAAAUUGUUUAGAAGUCGUUGUUGUGUGUGUUGAUAUUGAAUAUACUAAUUCUCAAUAUAAUCCAUAUUUCAUUA